AUGGCUGUGUACUGCUAUGCGCUCAACAGCCUGGUGAUCAUGAAGAGCGCCAAGCAGGGCAAGAGCGGCGGCGACCCCGCGCCCAGCCGCAGCCAGACGCCCCCGCCCCCGGGGAGGCCCGUGCUGAGCCCCGGCAGCGUCUUCAGCCCCGGGACAGGCGCCUCGUUCCUCUUCCCCCCCGCCGAGCUGCUGUCGCCCGACAAGCCCCGGAGCCCCGGGGGCUGGCGGAGCGGCCGGCGCAGGCUGAACAGUAGUAGCAGCGGCAGCGGCGAGAGCAGCGGCGGCAGCGUGGGCAGCCGGAGCUGGGCGGGCCGCCUGCGCGGGGACGGGCAGCAGGUGGUGGCCGCCGGUACCCUGUCCCCUCCGGGGCCGGAGGAGACCAAGAGGAAGCUGCGGAUCCUGCAGCGCGAGUUGCAGAACGUGCAGGUGAACCAGAAAGUGGGCAUGUUCGAGGCGCACAUCCAGGCGCAGAGCUCAGCCGUGCAGGCGCCCCGCAGCCCGCGUCCGGGCAGGGCUCGCUCGCCCUCUCCGUGCCCCUCGCGCAGCAGCAGCCAGCCCCCUGGAAGGGGGCUGGCCCAGUGCGCCCCGAGCGACGAACGGAGGACAAAGUCCUGGGGGGAGCAAUGUCCAGAGACUUCAGAGGCCGAUUCUGGGAGGAGGAGAGGGCCCAGCCUACGCCCCUCCAAGGACAAGGACGGAGUGGCACCUCUCCCCAGCCGGGCCGCCCCGACGGGAUCUGGGGCUCAAGGUCCAGCCGCUUCGGUGAGGAUCGAGGACGGCGUCCCUGCCAGUCCCCACUACGGCUCACCCGUAGCUAUGGAAAUUGACAAGAGUGUCUCUGCUCCUUCGGGAACUCAGAGCUGCCAAGCUCCCUCGUUGGGGCUGGUCGGAGAGAACUUAGUGAUGGCCACAGAAGUGGCACCCAGAGCCACAUCCACUGGGCCACACCGCCCACAGCGUCCUGCAUCGUUUGAGCGGUCUGAGAGGGCCAUCGACCUUGAGGACCCGCGCCUCCGGGUGGCCUCUGUAGAGAGGCAGGGGCAGUUUCUGGGCAGUGGGACAAGCCCAGCCCCCGAGAGGGGACGGCCCCGCGGUGGAGAGUCCCCAGGGAAGAUGAGGAAAGGAAAUCUGCCCUGUGGCAUGCCCAGCUCCGGGGCGUCUGAAGUGGGAGGAAGGCCAGAGGAGAAGACUGUGAAUGCAGAAAACUCGGAGCCCUCCGAUGCUCUGCACUGGUCCAGGCCGUCUGGAGAUCUGGGCUCCGUAGGCCCCAGGGAGGCCCCAGGUGGGGCCCCAGUGGUGGGGGGUCCUCGGCAGCCCUCCGACAGAGCAGAGGAAAGGUCUCCAACGCUGGGCUUGCUUGGGGGCCUAGCACAGCCCGGGACCAGGGAGGUGGAGGUGAGAAUUCCUUCUGGCAGAAUGCUGGAGGCUUUGCCCUGUUGGGAAGCAGCAAAAGACAUGAAAGAACCUCAGUGCCUUCCUGGGGACAGGGUGGGUGUGCAGCCUGGGAGCUCCAGGGUUUGGCUGGGCCCCGUGGUGGAAGCCAAUCUGGUGUGGACGUGUGGCACAGGGGUACAAGCGGAGGGGACUUGGGAAACCCAGAGGAAGGACAGAAACCCCGGCCCCACCCUGGAACUUCUGCCCCCGGCUCACGACAAGCCUUCUCCCAGAGAGGCCUGCAGCCCCAGCAACAUACCUGCCGUGAUCAUUACAGACAUGGGCGCCCAGGAGGACGGGGGCUUGGAGGAGGUGCAGGGAAGCCCUCAGGGCAACCUGCCCCUAAGGAAACUGUCCUCUUCCUCGGCUUCCUCCACGGGCUUCUCAUCCUAUGAGGACUCGGAGGAGGACAUCUCCAGUGACCCUGAGCGCACUCUAGACCCCAACUCAGCCUUAUUGCAUACCCUGGACCAGCAAAAGCCCAGAGUGAGCAAAUCAUGGAGGAAAAUAAAAAACAUGGUGCACUGGUCUCCCUUUGUCAUGUCCUUCAAGAAGAAGUACCCCUGGAUCCAGCUGGCGGGACACGCAGGGAGUUUUAAGGCGGCCGCCAAUGGCAGGAUCCUGAAGAAGCACUGUGAGUCGGAGCAGCGCUGCCUGGACCGGCUGAUGGCAGACGUGCUGAGGCCCUUCGUGCCCGCCUACCACGGGGACGUGGUGAAGGACGGGGAGCGUUACAACCAGAUGGACGACCUGCUGGCCGACUUCGACUCGCCCUGCGUGAUGGACUGCAAGAUGGGCAUCAGGACCUACCUGGAGGAGGAGCUCACCAAGGCCCGGAAGAAGCCCAGUCUGCGGAAGGACAUGUACCAGAAGAUGAUUGAGGUGGACCCCGAAGCCCCGACUGAGGAGGAGAAAGCCCAGCGGGCUGUGACCAAGCCGCGGUACAUGCAGUGGAGGGAGACCAUCAGCUCCACGGCCACCCUCGGGUUCAGGAUUGAGGGUAUCAAGAAAGAAGACGGCUCUGUGAACCGGGACUUCAAGAAGACCAAAACGAGGGAGCAGGUGACCGAGGCCUUUAGAGAGUUCACUAAAGGAAACCAAAACAUCCUGAUCGCCUACCGGGACCGUCUGGAAGCCAUUCGAGCCACCCUAGAGGUUUCUCCCUUCUUCAAGUGCCACGAGGUCAUCGGCAGCUCCCUCCUCUUCGUCCACGACAAGAAGGAACAGGCCAAGGUGUGGAUGAUUGACUUUGGAAAAACCACGCCCCUGCCCGAGGGCCAGACUCUGCAGCAUGAUGUCCCCUGGCAGGAGGGGAACCGGGAGGACGGCUACCUCUCGGGGCUGAACAACCUCAUUGACAUCCUGACGGAGAUGUCCCAGGGCGCCCCGCUUGCCUGAGGCUGCCCUGCACCCACCUGUGUGCCCACCUGUGCGCCCACCUGUGCGCCCACCUGGCCUCUUCCCCCCUCUGCGCUCCUCUUCUUAACUUUUCCUUCACUUCUCCCUGGCUGGGCUCAAGCCCCAGAACUGACCCUCCCGAACUGCACUAUAAGACACUUUGUAGAAGAAGAGAGGAGAUGAGACGUUCUAGUGGUUUUCCUAACUUAAAGACCUGGAGGUGACAUUUCCACUGCUUUGUAAAUAGAAUCACCUACUAGAAGAGAAAUACCCAAACCCAGCCUCAAUUUCCUGUAGCAGCCAGUUGGGUUCAGAGCAGGAGGGAGCUCGGGUGACCCUGGGACCCCCGGCUGCAGAGGGGCCCUGACAGAUGAGCCCUGCUUGUAGAAGACCCUUAGACCUGGGCGCAGGCCCCCCUGCCCCCUCCCCUGGUGGCUACCUGCAGAGGCCUGUCGCCCCCUGGUGGCCGGUGCCAUUACCAUCGCUGCCAAGCACAGCCCGUUUCUGCCUAUGCUUCCGAAUCAAUUGAUUGAUCGGGAGCCCAGCAGCCAGGCUGGGUCCCUUGUGCCUGGCCUGGAAGUAGGGCUUUCUGGUAGUUGGGGCACAAAACCAUGGGGGAGCCACCUGUUGGCCGUGAGCAAAGUACCCUCGGAUCAGCAGCCUCAGGGGCUCCCAGAGACAGCGUGGUGGCCUUUCUAGAGCUGCUGAAAGCAAGGACCCCUGCACGCAUCUGGUAUUGAAACCCUCCAGCUCUGGACCAGGCCCAGGAGCCAGGAGAAGUCUGAAGCCAACUUGGCUGUGAUCUGUGACCUCCACCUUCCCAGAAGGGGGCAGGCAAGAGCUCUUUCUUCCUUCUGGAACUGCCGCUUAUCAAUCCAGAGGGGACAAUCUGCAAAGCUGAGCUCCUAGGAAUGCCACCCCACCCUCCCAGAGCCACGUGUUCAUGGUCUUUUUUGUGCCUCCCGCUCCCUGCCCUGCUGUGGCAAGGUCUAGGGGGCUGGGUGGGAGUGGGUCGGGGCACCCACAGCCCCCCAGGGAAGACGGGCCCUGCAGAAUCUCUUGCCCUGGGGGGAGAAUGUUCUCGCUCUCCUCCCUGGUGCUAGCUGGUCGACCUUGCAUGGGGCCCAGGUCACUAAUGGUUAUGGGGAGAGGACAGGAGGGGGUUCAGGCCAGCACCAGGCAGGAAAGAGGCAGGAUUCUGGUAUCAUUUUUGAAUUUCCUCUGAAGUAAGUCUCAUGGCUUGAAGGGCUCAGAGUUGUGGUCCUAAUGGAGUGUCGGUAGCUUCCAGGGUCCAGUGCCAGGGCUGUGCGGACAUCUCUUCCUGGAGUCUCUGUCUUGCUCAAAGAUUCACAGGGAACCAUUUUUUAAGCCUUAGUUUGACUGUCAAGCAAGUAAGUCUAUGUUAUUGAGAGGAAUGUAAAUUUGGCAUGACUCUUUAAGAACAAAGCUCCUUGCUCUGUUGCCAUUUGGAGCUGUGUCCCCAGGCCCCUGGGGGCUUUGCUGUCAGAGGUGCAGGAGUGCAGAGAGACCUGCCUCAGGGACCCAGAGGGAGGAGGUGGGGACCAAGGUGUGCAUGCCAGCAGGGACCACUGCCUGGGCCGCCCACCCUGGCGCCCCAGGGCCCAUGUGACACAUACGUUUCCCCUUUUGUGCUGGGUGAGUGACAGUUGGUGGGGGCAGAGGAUGGGACAUAUGAGGAUGUUUAAGUACAGAUUUUAAAAAAGGAAAUCACUUAAACUUCCUGGCUCUCGUUCAAAACAGUGGUGAGCUCUGGUGUGGGCUGACUCGCUAAAGGUCACACUCCCGCCCCUGCUGAGCACAGAGACCUCGUGACAGCACGUGAUCUGGAAGGCAGGCAGGACGGGGGCGUCAGGGAGCCAAAGCCAGCUCUAGGUCUCCGGAGCUAGCAUCACUUGCAGGUUAGAAGGGACUUGGAUGGUCUGUGCUUCAGACAUCGUCGGGGAAGGGACAGAUGUCAUUAAUUCAGACAUAAAGAUUACAUAAGCACGGACUAGACAAAAGUUUUCAAUGGAAAAAGUUUGCUAAAGCAAAUUAACGAUAUGAAUAAAAAUUAAGAGGGGACCAGUGAAACCUAUUUAAGAGAAUAAAACUUUCCGAGCACUUUAAGCAGGCAUCAGUUGUUUGCAAUGUGCUGAUAUGCAAAUAAUUUCUUUAUUAAAGGUGGCCCAUGGGACCCCAUAUUGGCAAUACUUUCCUUCAGGUUACAUUAUAUCUGUGAGAGUGAUAAAAAAAAAAUGCCAUCUUUUUAGGGUUAUUCUGUAUUACUGAGGAUUUUUGUUCUGUUUUUUGUAUUUACCACGCUAGGUCUCUCCCACACCUUUGUCUCUCAAGCCAUCUGUCACCCCCUGGCCCUUUCCCCCUUGUCUCAGUGGGACAGAUAGAUCCUGGAAUGGAAUUUCUCAGAACCCCUGCCCUGGCAGUCUGAAAGACCAGGCCCACCCAGCCCUGGUCCCACCAGGGACUCCUUGGGUCUUGGCCAUACAGGUGCCAGGAGGGGGGACAUGCUGAAUGCACCUGUGCACAGGUGAACGGGGUCCCCAGGGGUGCUGGGCCUUCAGACUGCUUAGUGCUCUCAGAAGCUUUCCUCGGCUGCUUUCCCCAGACUCGCCUUUAGUGUCCUGUAAGAAGUUUUUAAGUUAUAUUUAUUUUAUUGGUUUUAAAAAUUGCACAAAACACUACAACUGAAAGGCUGGAUUCUGUGUCUCCUUUAAAGCUUCGCCUUCCUGUGCUUCGUUUUCCACUUGGUGGAAAAAACCCAGCAGCAACCCUGGCCUCCCAAGAUAGCUCUUUCCCCCGUCAGCUGUAUUUAGCUUUGAGCUCCACUGAUCUGGUCAACCCUGCGUGUGUAUAUAAUCCGGCCCCUUGCUCUAGGGUGUUUACCCUGUCGGUGCCUUUUUUCUGGAGGAGAGGACCCCCCCUCAGAGGAGCUGUCCUCUUCUGCACCCCACCCCAUGGGACCUUGAAGGAAACUGAACUGUUACACGCCCCUGCACAGAACCUGUCCAAGACUGCGGAUGCCCCACCUUCCUGAAUAAAGGCCCUGGAGACCA